UAUACAUACAUAUACACACACAGCAUGUGUUGAUACUAUCUGCUUCUUGAAUUUGUAUACCCAUUGCAUUUUGUAAAAUUCAAUUGGCUGUCAAGAUUAACUUUUACAUGCCCAAUGCACUUAUAAUCACUUGAUACUUGUGCAGAUGGGUUCAAUUGCAGCUGUUGGUUCUAUUUCUUAUAAUGGAAUUUGUUUGCGUAAAAUUCAGGAUGAAACAAGUUAUCACAGGGAUAGGAAUUUCAAAGUUCGAAGUUCUGUUGCCUCAAAACAACAGAGCUUGCAAUUUUCAAAGGUUGAAUCUCAUAAGCUGGAGAAAACUGUUCGAAUUGGUGUUCUCGGAGCGAGUGGUUACACUGGAUCAGAGAUUGUUCGGCUCCUUGCUAACCAUCCAUAUUUUGACAUUACCUUGAUGACUGCCGACAGAAAAGCUGGUCAAUCAAUUGGAUCAGUAUUUCCACAUUUGGCCACACAAGAUUUGCCAGAUAUGGUUGCUGUAAAAGAUGCAAAUUUUUCUGACGUGGAUGCUGUGUUUUGUUGUUUGCCACAUGGAACUACUCAGGAAAUCAUCAAGAGUCUUCCUACCAGGUUAAAGAUUGUUGAUCUUUCUGCGGACUUCAGGCUGCGAGAUGUCAGUGAAUAUGAAGAAUGGUAUGGUCAACCUCAUAAAGCAGCAGAUUUGCAGAAAGAAGCUGUAUAUGGUUUAACAGAGAUAUUAAGAAGUGAAAUUCAGUCGGCACGCCUGGUUGCAAAUCCUGGCUGUUUUCCUACUUCCAUUUUGCUUCCUCUUAUUCCCUUGAUAAAUUCCAAGCUUAUCGAAGUUAAAAAUAUCAUCAUCGACUCAAAAUCUGGUGUUAGUGGAGCAGGACGUGGUGCAAAAGAGGCAAAUUUGUACACGGAAAUUGCUGAAGGUAUUCACUCUUAUGGUGUUACCAGACACCGUCAUGCUCCAGAGAUUGAACAAGGAUUAGCUGAUGCUGCACGUUCAAAAGUGACCAUCAGCUUCACUCCACACUUGAUGCCAAUGAGCCGUGGUAUGCAAUCAACUAUUUACGUGGAAAUGGCUCCAGGAGUAUCUAGUGAGGAUCUGAACCAACAUCUAAGGAGCUUCUAUGAGAAUGAAGAAUUUGUCAAGCUGAUGAAGGAUGACAAACCACCUCAUACUCGACAUGUCCGAGGAUCAAAUUACUGUUUUGUUAACGUCUUUCCUGACCGAAUUCCUGGAAGAGCAAUCAUAAUAUCUGUUAUUGACAAUCUUGUGAAGGGAGCCUCCGGUCAAGCUAUACAGAAUCUAAACUUGAUGAUGGGGAUUCCAGAGACCACUGGGCUUCUCUACAUGCCGCUAUUUCCUUGAUACUCUCUUACUCUCCAGUCCAUAUUAAUGAGGAAUUUAGAAUUUACUUCAGGAGGAUUUAUCAGUUGGCAAUUCGUGCUGCUGAUGAGUUGGCAAAUGGAGUUGUUGCAAUUUUAAACAAAUUACCCAGCUUUUGUAUCUUUAUUUGAUUCUUGUAGAACAGUUAUAUUUCCUUAGCUUUCGUUUUUAUAUCAACGUUGUUUUUCUAUAAAAAAUUAAAUUAAAUUAAUGGGAGAUUGGAGAAACUUUGGUCGAUAAA